AGUAGGUUAACUUCUUUUUCUCUCUGUUCUUAUUUGAAUACAACGUUUAUUCUAUAAUGCCAGAUCUGAUCUACUUUGUUAAUCAUCCAUUGUUCAAUGUUAUCUUUUUCAUGAUUGUCAAAUAUAUGACCAAGAAUAUACCUUUAGAAGAUCCCUCUAUUAUAUCCUUGAUUAGGAACAUCUAUCUUGCAGCACAAGCGGUCAUCCUCGGUUUGAAUUACUGGCUUAUUGCAGUUGUAAGAAAGAAAAAUGACCAAACCAUACUUCGAUACAUUGAACCUGGACAGCAAGGAUGGGAUGGAUCUACUGGACCUGAUCAAUUGAUUAACACAACAUUUAUGGAUUAUGAUAUAGCAGAAAUCAAAAAGGGAAUCAAGCAAUCAUUUACAGGCAUAAUGAUGAUUGCCUUCCUUCAUCUUCAAUUCCACUAUAUUCAACCUCUUAUCUUACAUUCUAUUAUGGGGUUUAAGACCUUUUUUAUGUCCAAAGAAGCAAGGAUACAUCUGUGGCAAGGUAGAACGACUAGUGGCGAAUUACGACGACCUUUUAGGACCGAAUCUCCUUUUGGUUUAUUCAUCCCUGAAAAUAGGCAACCUAGAAUAGCAUCAAGAAAAGAAAGAUCAAGAAAAGUGGAAUAAUUUAGUAUUAUAUAUAGAUUGUUUUAUUGAUUAAAAUAUAAUAAUAAUAAAAAAAUAAGGUUGAUAUAUAAGAAGAAA